CUUGACCGCGUUAUGAGCAGGAUAGCUGUCAUGGUGGAUGAGCCAAAGAAGUUCAGACGACAAUUUUAAGAGUGAACAGAUUUGAUUUUCAUGAAAUAAAUCGAUAGAUACACUUCUAUACUCGAACAGAUUCAAAAAGAAAAAUGGCCACACCAGAUAAACUUAAAUCCUUGUUUGAAGAUCUUGGUAAGCCAACACUAAGAGGAGUAAGAAAGUGUCCAAAGUGUGGGACCUACAACGGAACCAGAGGAAUCAGCUGUAAAAACAAAGCCUGUGAUGUCGUUUUCAAGGAGAGAGAGAAAAAGAAAGGACACAGUGCCGACGCUGUCAAAAUUAUGACUGGUUCUACAGUCCAAGUGUUUUCGGUCAGAUUGCGAGACAGGGGUCCAGACUAUCGGGGCUUCGUACAGCUCCCUCUGUUUCAGGAUAUGGACGGGAAUCCAGCUACAGUAGUAGACCAGGCUAUUGUGUAUCAGGCUGCAAGGUGCUAUGUUGACAGUUGUUCACGGAACAGCCAGAUAGGGUUUCAGAGUGACUCGUGCCCACAUAUACGGGCAGCUAUUGAAUGUGAGCAGGAGGCCUUGCCACUGACUCUGAAGAACUCGGUGCUAAAUGCCUUACAGGUCCCUAACGAUACUAAACAGGCUAUUUGGCUCCUGGCCACAGAGACUACGGGACCUCUAGUUCAAAGGGUCACCAAAAACAUCAUGGUGGUCAAGUGUAAAGUCAGUCCAAAGCAGCCUCUUGGCUUUUUACAUUUUGCUUUUUUCGAGACUUCAAGGAAUCGAACUCAGCCAGAGCAUAAAUUUCAAUGUACAUGCAGAUCUUUUAAGACAAAGCCAGGCCCCAAAGAAGACCUUCACAAGAGAUGCGUCCACUUUUAUGCCUGUAUAUGUGCUUUUGCCAGCGAUGAGAAACUUCAAGAGGAGUUUGAAUAUUACAUAAACUUGGAUGCUAAUUUGUCAAUACCAGCAGAAAUCUCUCAGGAGGCGCAGGUGGUUGGGAUAUUCCAGGACAACCAGAUAGACCUGUCGCCCGACCCCACGGCGCUGGAGGUGGUCAUCACGGAGGACUCGAUACGUCCAAUCAAAAAACAGAGGAAGGAUGAGACACUAGUUCAAGCCAGUAAUGCUUUGCUCACUUUACAAGAGGGAAAUGGAAGUGCAGCAUCACCCAAUGGUAUCAAGAAAAACAGCCCUGUCAAACAAGCCCUGCAAACGAAAUCCACCAUCUCCACUGCCAAGAAACCAGGCACACAGCCAGUGGACGAGUCUCAGGUGGUGGUGUCGUUCCAUCAGUGGCUGGGCAGUGUCACUGAGAGGAUCAACCAGACCAUGCACUACCAGUUUGAUGGUAAUCCAGACCCAUUAGUCUUUCACGCUCCACAAGUCUUCUUUGAAUGUCUACAGCAGAGAAUCUCGUCUGGCAGCAAGAAGAAACGGCUGCCUAACUUCACGACCUGCUUUGUCCGGAAGGACGCCCUGCCCCUGGGGACGUUCACUAAGUACACCUGGCACAUCACCAAUGUGAUGCAGGUCCGACAGAUCUUUGACACACCAGAGAUGAAAUUGGAGAUCUAUCGCACCUUUGUUGAGAAUAGAGAUGGUACUUAUGAUUUGUAUGAAAUGCCAAAAACCCCUGAGAGCAUGGAGGAGUCGUAUAAAGGCAAAAACCCCAUGCCAAUCAGACCGUUUGAACUCAAAACCUUCCUCAAAGUGGGAUCUUCCAAUGAACAGAAAGAGCCCACACCUUUCAUCAUCGAGUGGAUUCCAGAUAUUCUACCCAAGUCCAGGAUCGGUGAGCUGAGAAUCAAGUUCGAGUACGGUCACCAAAGAAACGGGCAAAUCGUUGAGGCGCGGUCGAUUGUGACCCAUGAGAUUCCAAUCCAAACUAUACAACUACAAGAGGCAUUAUAAAGUAGCUGUCUCGACUACCAAAUGACUACAUCUCUUAAACAACAAAAGGCAAAAUAAUCUACCCGUCUCAACAACCAAAUAACUGUAGAGCUACAAGAGGCGAUCUAAAUACGGACUCAUAACAACAAACAGAUAUACAGCCUUCGCUACAAGAGGCGAAAUAAACUUAGUCUAUCAACAAACAGAUAUGCAGCCUCAUGCAGCCUCGUGCAAGAGGCGAUAUAAACUAUCAGUAGCUGUGAAAACACCUGAAUGACUUGAUGUAUACAGCUACAAGAGUCAAUAUAAACUACCUGAGAAAACAAGCACCAGAACUUAGUAUCAAUGUUCUGUGAAAGAUUUCCUGUGUGAUCUAGUCUCGUGUGAACAUAUGACAAAUUAUGUUGUUAGCAGACUCUGUUAAGACAAUGUUGUCUUCAGACAUCAUUUCAGUAUUUAUGAUUAUUACAUGUACUAGUAUAUUAUCAAUAUGUGUCUGUUCCUGUUGGCAUAUGGAAUAUCAAUUAAACUUUGAAAGGAAGACUUUGGAAGUGCCAAGAGUAACUGCUUUACAUGUGGAAUAUUUUAGCAGAGAUUUUAAUUGCAGUAAACUAUGAAAGAAUACAAAAUAAACAAAAAUACGGCA